GACGCGGCUGGGCCUGGCUGGGCGGCGGCGGGGGACAUGGAGGUCGACGAGGAGCAGCUCUCCGCGCGGCCGGCACUGGAGACCGAGGGGCUACGCUUCCUGCACGUCACGGUGGGCUCUCUGCUGGCCAGCUAUGGCUGGUACAUCGUCUUCAGCUGCAUCCUUCUCUACGUGGUUUUCCAGAAGCUUUCCACCCGCCUGAGGGCCUUGAGGCAGAGGCAGCUGGACCGAGCUGCGGCUGCCGUGGAACCUGAUAUUGUUGUUAAACGGCAAGAAGCUUUAGCAGCUGCUCGUUUGAAAAUGCAAGAGGAACUAAAUGCACAAGUUGAAAAGCAUAAGGAGAAACUAAGACAGCUUGAAGAAGAGAAAAGGAGACGGAAGAUUGAAAUGUGGGACAGCAUGCAAGAAGGAAAAAGUUACAAAAGAAAUGCAGGCAGGCCUCAGGAAGAAGACAGUCCUGGGCCUUCUACUUCCUCAGUCAUCCCGAAACGAAAAUCUGACAGAAAGCCUUUGCGGGGAGGUGGUUACAACCCUUUGUCUGGUGAAGGAGGUGGAGCCUGCUCCUGGAGACCUGGUCGCAGAGGCCCGUCAUCUGGUGGAUGAGGCUAAGAAUCUUGUUAGUGUUGCUUUUGACAUUAGCAAGAUGAAUCCUUAACCCUCGAUUCAAUUGCCUUACACGCACACUUUUCACAGUGACUAGCCAAGGGGAGGUGGGGUUUAUUUCUGUUCUUAACUACACCUGCGUCUUUAAGGGUUGAAGUCAGCAUAGGGUAGAGAUGUUUCCACUAGGCAGUAGUGGCAGUUGUUCACGCUCCGUUAAAGCCAGUGACUGCAUUCGUUGAUUUCACGGGUAAUUGCUAGUUGGUAUAUAAAGGCCUCCAGUGAUUGGCGAUCUUGAUAAGAGAGACCUAAUAAUGAUCCUUCAAGUUAGAAGUCCUUGGUGAUAGGACAGUCUCUGUGACAGUUUGCGUUGAAUGAUGUCUUCCUUGUAAAUGGUGAGCCCACCAGCGAGGAUUACUGAUGCAGACAGUUGAUGGGGUUGUUUCUGUAUAUUUAUCUUUAUGUACAGAACUCUGUAAAAAAGGAACUGUAAAUAUUAAAAAAUUGCAAAUAGCAUUUUUAGCAUCUUUAUUAAAUUCAAGGAAAUUUCUUUAUGAACUUUAAUUUGUCUAUCAAACAUUAAAGGACUUUUUAUCAUUCACAA